ACUUACCAGUUAAAUUUUCUUUGUAGAUAAACAUUAUUGAAAUUAGUCUUUCAAUGAAAAUUAUAUAUUUCAUUCUCUAUACAUCUGACGAACAGUAAUGGAGCAACUUCCAGUGGAAAUCAUAGAGAAGAUAUUAACAAAUUCAAAAAUAUCUAUAGAAGAUAUAGUACACUUUUCUUUAACAUGUCAUCAUUUUCACAAUAUUGUGACAAACAGCAAUAAAAUUUGGAGGACUAAAUUAUUCGAGAAAUGGCCCCAAUUUAAAAGUGUACUGGAAAACAAGCACAUUGUUUUCCAACAUGAAAUUCAAUAUAUUUAUGAAUUAAAGAAACGAACUAGAAGUAUGUUGGAAAAGAUGCCACCAAAAUUUUACAAGAAGUAUGAGAUAUCAGACUCGGAUCUUCAUGAAUGGAGUGCAAUUCUCCAUGAACGUGAAGAAGUGUAUAAUUAUUUAGUUAAAGAUCUUAUGGAUAUAGUUAACAUGGAUGUACCUAUUAAAAGUAUUGAAGUCGUUCCUCUGAGUACUCCUGGAAACAAAACUUUGCAGUAUUAUGCCGGUAAAGUACUUAGAUACAUAAGGCAACUCCAUUUGUCCAAAGUGUGGAAAAGCUACAUAUCACUACCGCAAUCCAGGCAGAUCUUAGAAAUUGGAGCAAUAUUUGUAGCUCAGUGGUGCCAACCCAAUGUAGAAGUAGCUUUUGAAGAGGUAACUACAAAAUUGGACAAAAUUGCAGAAGAGGUUAAACAUGCUCUCUGUCUAUCAUAUCCCUCUCAUUCACUAUUUAAGGCUUCCCAAGAAGAAUUAAGUCUAUGGCGUGUUGAAAACAGAACUGAAAACCAAUGGAAUGUUAAUGAGUGCCGGCAGCUUAUCUCAGUGAUGAGGGAAGUUCUUUUUCAACAGAUGGGUUUUAGUGGCAAUAACCAAGCCUAUUAUAUGCCACAGAAUUCCUUCAUUAAUGAGGUUCUUGAAAAGAAACAGGGACUUCCAAUAACAUUAGCCAUUGUUUUUGAAGGAGUAGCAAGGCGGUUAGGAUUGCGUUGUGAACCAAUCAGUUUCCCGGCUCACUUUUUGCUAAGGUUUUGUGAAAGUUCUGAUCCUGAUUCCGACUGGUACUACAUUGAUGUAUUUAAUGGUGGACAGGUAGUGAGGAAAGGGGCUUGUCCCCACAGCAGGUUUUCCGGUUCCAGAGAUUUGUUCCCAGUGGCAACGGCUGUACAAGUUGUCGAACGGAUGGCUAAUAAUCUUGAAGUUUCUGCUCGACAGCAUGCGCAUCCCAAUGGAAGAAUUACUAGGUUACGUUCUAGUUUGGAGCUCCUAAAGUUGGUGAACCCUAGAGAUAUAUCUGCACUUGUAAGUUUAGCAAGGUUGUACAUGUUGCACAAUAUGGAUACAAAACCCUUGGAACAUUUUCUUUUGUCCCAGGAAUUUGAGGUUCCAGAACAAGCGCAAAGGGUAGUCCAUAUGCUGAGAGACUAUGAAGCGCAUCAUGCACGCAACGAUGUGGGAUUAUUCGAUCAAGUCGAGGCCGCACAGCGUACCUCGAACCUCCACUAUGCUGUAGGAAUGGUGAUGGAACAUCUCACGCUUAAUUAUAAGUGUGUCAUUUAUGAUUGGGAUCCUGUUUGUCUAGCAGCAGCUGAGUGGCAGGCCCAGAAUAACGUCGACAAAUUGCAACUCAAAGAUGAUCAACCGUUCUAUAAUGUUCUGGUCGAGGAUGGAUCUCAUAGAUAUGUCGCACAAGAGAAUUUGAGACCUACGGCCGAUACUGGUUCUAUCCAUUUAAAUGACGACGUCGGAAGGCACUUUUCUCACUUUUUCGAAACGCACUAUGUUCCGAAUGCAGAAAAGGAAAAGGAAUAUCCUGCAGAUAGGAAAAUAAGGCAUAUGUAUUAUAAGAAGAGUGUACUAGAAAGCUUCAAACCAGAAUGAUUCCCUUAUAACUUAAAUGUUUUACUUUUUAAGAGCAAUUUAUCCUAAUAUAUAUAUUAUUUAUUUUAUUGUUAGAUUGAAAUGUUUUUUAUUUA